AUGGGUCUCCUUACCCUCGUCGAGGACCGGCCAACGCCCCCUUCGGUCUAUAACUGGCGGGUAUAUGUCCUCGCCAUCAUCGCAUCAUGCGGCUCCAACAUGAUCGGUUACACGAGCGCCUUCAUCGGGACGACCCUCACGCUCACCUCUUUCAUGGACGAGUUUGGUCUUGACACCAUGAGCGAGUCGAACAAGGAUUUAAUCGCCGAGAACGUCGUCUCCCUCUUCAUUGCAGGAGCCUUCUUCGGCGCCAUUCUCACGUACGGCCUCAGCCACUGGUUCGGACGCAAGGUCUGUCUAUCGAUUGCAUCGGCCACCUUUGCACUGGGAGCUGGUCUUCAGUGUGGUGCCAACCACGACCGCGGGCUGGGCAUCCUCUACGCCGGCCGUGUCCUGUCUGGGCUGGGCACUGGCGUCGCCUCGAACAUUAUCCCUAUCUAUCUCUCUGAGUUGGCGCCGCCAGCAAUUCGAGGCCGUCUUGUAGGCCUGUACGAGUUGGGAUGGCAGAUUGGUGGUGUGUUGGGCUUCUGGAUUAAUUAUGGCGUCGAAGCACACAUGAAGCCAAGCCAUGAGCAAUGGGUGAUCCCAUUCGCAAUCCAACUUAUCCCCUCGGGCCUGCUCUUCGCCGGCUCGCUGUGGAUUCGGGAAUCGCCACGCUGGCUCUUCUUCAAGGACCAGCGCAGGAAGGCCAUGGAGAGUCUCUGCUGGAUCCGACAGCUUGAGGCUUCGGACAUAUACAUCACAGAAGAGGUUGCUGCCAUCGACAAUGCUCUCGAGUCUCAAAAGGCAAGCGUUGGUAUGGGCUUCUGGCAGCCCUUCAAGGCGCUGGCCGCGCGACCGACUAUGCAAUGGCGUCUGUUCUUGGGCUGCAUGCUGUUCUUCUGGCAGAAUGGGUCUGGAAUUAAUGCUAUCAAUUACUACUCACCCACAAUCUUCUCUAGUCUCGGCGUCCAAGACAACACGGUCAGCUUGUUGACUGGUAUUUUUGGUGUGGUCAAGGCCAUCAUGACCAUCUUGUGGCUGCUCUUCCUCGUCGAUCAGCUUGGAAGACGGAAGCUGCUGCUCAUCGGUGCCAUCACAGGCUCCAUCUGCAUGUGGAUUAUCGGUGCAUACAUUUGCGUUGUCGAGCCAGCAGAGCACCCAAGUGACCACUUGAACGGAGGCGGCAUUGCUGCCAUCUUUUUCUUCUAUCUUUGGACGGCUAUCUACACACCCACGUGGAACGGCACCCCUUGGGUCCUCAACUCUGAAUUUUUCGAUCCCAAUUUCCGCUCCCUGGCCCAGGCGGCUACCACAGCCAGCAACUGGCUCUUCAACUUUCUCGUGUCUCGAUUUACCGAACAAAUGUUUGCAGCAAUGGGCUACGGUGUUUACAUGUUCUUCGCGGCGUUAUCCUUCUUCGCCUUCUUCUAUGCCUUCUUCCUUAUCCCUGAGACCAGUGGCAUCCCACUGGAGAAGAUGGACCGCUUGUUCAGCAUCAAGCCGAUUUGGAGGGCCAACGAGACGCUCAAGGCCGAGCUGAAAGAUGAAGAAGUGCAGUUCAGAACGGACAUCAAAGGCAGGGCUAGUCAGAGGGCGGAAUUUUUUAAGAGAUGA